ACAGAGGGUCGCUUCUAAUUGUCGCCGCCUUUCGCGCCAGCCUGUACCGGGAUACAGUGUAACUAACGAUAUUUAAUUCUGGAAAGAAACUUCCCAGAGAAUGGCACCUGCUGUUGGAGGCCCAGUGGGAUACACUCCCCCAGAAGGGGGCUGGGGCUGGGUAGUAGUUGUAGCAGCCUUUGUGUCGAUUGGAUUCUCAUAUGCCUUCCCCAAAUCAAUUACAGUCUUUUUCAAAGACAUAGAGGCAAUCUUUGGAGCAACAAGUAGCGAGGUAUCCUGGAUUUCUUCUAUAAUGCUGGCUGUAAUGUAUGCUGGAGGUCCAAUAAGCAGUGUCUUGGUGAACAAGUAUGGAAGUCGUCCUGUUAUGAUUGCUGGUGGUUGCCUUGCUGGGACUGGAUUAAUAGCUGCUUCAUUUUGUAACACUGUCGCUGAGCUGUACCUUUGUAUUGGUGUUGUUGGAGGUUUUGGUCUUGCAUUCAACUUAAACCCAGCUUUGACAAUGAUUGGUAAAUAUUUCUUUAAGAAAAGACCCAUAGCAAAUGGAUUGGCUAUGGCAGGAAGUCCUGUAUUUUUGUCCACUUUAGCUCCUCUGAAUCAGUACUUCUACAGUAUUUUUGGGUGGAGAGGAAGCUUCCUGAUUUUGGGUGGUCUUCUGUUUAACUGCUGUGUUGCUGGGUCUUUGAUGCGUCCCAUAGGACCAAAGCCAGAAGAUACAAAAAAGAAAGUGACAAAAGAAGUGUUGGAAGAGGCUGGAAAGUGUGUUUCUAAAGAAGAUGGGGAUGCCCAUAAAGACCUUAUAGAGGGCAAGGCAAAAACUAAGCCAACACUGUUCCAGACCAUAAAUAAGUUCCUAGACCUUUCUCUCUUCACUCAUCGUGGAUUUCUUCUCUACCUGUCGGGGCACAUGAUUAUGUUUUUUGGACUGUUUGCUCCUUUAGUCUUUCUUAGCAACUAUGCAAAAAGCAAGAACAUUUCACCUGAGUCUGCUGCAUUUCUGCUUUCAAUUCUUGCAAUUGUAGAUAUGAUUGCAAGGCCCUCCAUGGGAAUUGUGGCAAACACCAAAUGGGUGAGACCUAAAAUUCAAUAUUUCUUUGCUGUUGCAGUUUUGUACAAUGGAAUAUGCCACCUUCUGGUUCCCCUUUCAACAUCUUAUGUAGGCUUUUGUAUUUAUGCUGGUUUCUUUGGUUUUGCUUUUGGUUGGCUUAGCUCUGUCCUCUUUGAAACACUUAUGGACUUGGUUGGAGCCCAGAGAUUCUCAAGUGCUGUUGGAUUAGUCACGAUUGUGGAAUGCUGUCCUGUGCUUCUAGGACCACCACUGUUAGGAAGGUUGAAUGAUAUAUAUGGAGACUACAAAUACACCUAUCAAGCUUGUGGAAUAGUUCUAAUUGUUGCUUCAGUCUACCUCUUCAUUGGGAUGACAAUCCACUACAGACUAUUGGCAAAGGAACAAAAAGCAGAGCAGAAAAAAGCACAGGAAGCAAAUGCAGGGGCAUCGGAGAACAAAGUGAAUGAACUCUCUGUCCUUCCUCAAAAUUCUGAUGAUGUUUUGAAAGAAGAUGAAAGUCACAUAUGAGAAUUUUCCAAUUUGCCUUACAUAUAGUACUGAGUGGAUAUAUUAAAAAGGUGGUUGAUUGCGGUAUUUCCCAUUUUUAGGUUAGGAUUUUAUUUUUUAAACUCUGGCUGUUUUUAUACAUUGAAUUUGUCAGAUGGAACUUUGUGGCAUGAGCCGUUUGUCAGUGGGUGCCUUAUGCCAGCUGUCUUUCAGGACCUUUUUUUAGUUUUUUUUUUCUUUAAUGAAACUUCUGGAACUAAUCUUAGCAAUGACCAUUUUUGCCCUGAUUUUAUUCUGCUAUGACAUUGGACAAAUUAGUAAACGAAAAGCAUUCGGUCUUCCAGGGAUGGCUUGGGCGGGAAUGAGAUGCUGCUACAGUUUUAGCAACUUUUUGUAGAUGUGGUUCCAGGCGUGCUCUUCAGUAUUAAAUUUAACUCCCUAAAUGUUUUCAGCAGCACCCCCAAAACACUUGUAGAAGCAUAAUGUUAUGAGUUGCUUCUUAUGAUCAUGCUUUUGCUUGUAGUUUUUUUUUUUUUUCCUUGCAGUGCCUUUUGUUUGUACUUGCUAUUUCAAAGUGUUUGUGCAAUAUAGGAGGCCAGUAAAAGGCCAGAGUUUGAGUGUUGUCUUGUUACUAAUGCUACCUUAAUGGGUUGUUAAAUUUUUGAGCUAUACACACACCCUCAGGGCAUAAUUUACUUUUACUGUAUAUAUGCUGUAAGCUUUCUUGUACAUAGGUUUUUAAAUUGCAUAGUUUGCCUUUUCGAUAGUAUGGGUGUGUCUGUGAGAUUAAAUACUUCUUGAAAAUCCUGGGAAUAAAAACAUUCAGAACUAUUUUUUUUUUACCACUCCAAACUUAGUCAGCCUUAAGUGGUUGCGCUAAUAAUUUGUCAUUGUUUUUGAACAAAGUGUCUUGUUCUACCCUGACCUCACCUGUGUCUCCUGCUAGUGUCACUGGAAAGUAGGCAGGUUUUUAAGCCUUUAUUUAAAAUGUUUCCCCUCCCAUCCUUUCAAAAACUGAAACUGAGGGCAUAGGUUUUAUAUACAAAAUCUGAUCUUUUAAUUUUUGUGCUUUUUUGUAGAUGUUGCAAAACCGCUGUUUGUUGGAGAACUUGCCAGAGCUUAGGUGUGCAGUGGGGCAGCUCCCAACAGUAUCAAUUAAUUAAAAAAAAACAAAAAAC